GACUCGAUCGAUCGAUCGGUCUCUUCAGUAGUAGUGUCUGUCUGUCUGUCUAUAAAAGAAGGAAAUGGGAGCCAGGUCACUCCUGCCUGCCUGCUUGAAAUUUAGGCUGAUCUUCUUAAUUCAGAUCGACUUCUCAAUCCAGCUCCAUCGCCACCAAUUAAUUAAGCCUCGAUCGGCCUGAAGCUAUAUAUCUAGCUAGCCAUGGCCGGCCCCAGCGAUGUAGAUGUCAACAACUGCUUCGGCCGGUUAUCGAACUACUACCAGCAGAACCUAAGCGGCAUCAACGAGUUGAAGAAAGAAAUCGAAAAGCUGAAAGCAGAGGGAACAGAGGCAACUGACAAAGUAAACCAGUGGCUGAGUGACCUGGAGUUGUUGGAUAGCCAAGCAGCUGCCAUCAUUGAGGAUCUCACUACACGCCACAGUGUCCCUUUUCUAAUUGAUAACAUCAAGAUUGGGCCAUGGGGAGGCCUUGGAGCCUACAGCUCUGACAUUGGUCGACCUGGCACCCAAAUCACAAGGGUCGGACUCCACACGGGAGACGUCGUCGACAGUUUGGAGAUCUCCUAUGUCGAUGACCGGAAUGAAGUCAAAACAUACAAAGCAGGCGGCAGUGGUGGUGAAUUGCACGAGUUCGAACUAGAGCGUGGUGAAUAUAUCAACGGGAUGUUUGGGUCCUUCAACGAUUAUUAUGGCGAAGUUUGUAUCACUGAGCUCGGAUUUAAGACCAACUUGGGGAAUGAUCAUGGGCCUUUUGGGGGAGGAGGCGGCGAGGGGUUCUCUGUUCCGGUCGUGGCCGGUCGAAUUGUUGGAUUUUUUGGCGAGUAUGACCGCUAUAUUAAUUCCAUCGGAGUCUCCUUGGCUCUUAAUUGACUGACCAUCUAUCUAUCUAUCUAUCUAUCUAUCUAUCAGUAUUUUGAAAUCUGAUCAUCCAUUCUGUCGUGUUCGCUAUGCUUCGUCGCCGUAAUUAAGGUCGUUUUGAAUAAUUAAAUUUGAUAAUGGAUGGUCAGCCAACGUGUGAGUAUGUGGUGUUUUGAAACUAGUUAGCUAGCUAGUGUCGGUUUGCUCUAAUAAUUGUGUUUCUUUCGUGAGUUUUGUUUCUAUCUUUUGACAAGCCAAGGGAUGUUAAGUUUUCAUUUGAUCAAACACAUGCAAACGCAGAAGUUGAUAUCGGA